AAAAUGAACGACAAGCAACCACAUAAAACCAAACCGUAAGAGUCAUAUAAUAUACAAUUAUAUGAUUUUUACAUUUUUAUAUUUACCGCUAUAAAAACAAGGCUCUUGAGAACCGUCAAUUGUAUGUCAAAAUUAUGAAAAUAAUUUAUCUAUGAACCCUACUGUCAACUGUGACGACUGCGAACUGUUGUAGUAAAGUAAAGAUUGUAUGGUAUAAUAAUAAAAAUAUUGCGUCUGAUAUUAUGGCUGCAGCUUUAGGCCGAAUCACGAAUUUAACAAAAACCCAAGUUGGUCAAUAUAUUCCAGCAAUAUGCAAUAACCAAAUAGUAUUUUACUCUGCACCUCCAGCGGGUACUCCUCCUCCGCAAACUAAAACUAAAUUUGGACCCCUUGCUGAUGAGGAUAGAAUUUUCACUAAUCUUUAUGGAAGGCAUGAUUGGAGACUAAAAGGGUCGAUGAAAAGGGGUGAUUGGUAUAAAACCAAAGAGAUUCUACUUAAAGGAGCAGACUGGAUAAUAAAUGAAGUUAAAGUUUCUGGUCUUAGAGGUCGAGGAGGAGCUGGUUUUCCAUCAGGUAUGAAAUGGUCAUUCAUGAAUAAACCAGGGGAUGGUAGGCCUAAGUACCUUGUAGUCAAUGCUGAUGAAGGAGAACCAGGUACUUGUAAAGAUAGAGAAAUCAUGAGGCAUGACCCUCAUAAACUUGUGGAAGGAUGUUUGAUAGCUGGAAGAGCUAUGGGAGCUAAAGCAGCCUAUAUUUAUAUUAGAGGAGAAUUUUAUAAUGAAGCAUCCAAUAUGCAAGUAGCAAUUGCAGAAGCUUAUCAAGCAGGAUUCUUGGGUAAAAAUGCUUGUGGUUCAGGUUAUGAUUUUGAUGUAUUCAUGCAUAGAGGUGCAGGUGCAUACAUAUGUGGAGAAGAAACUGCUUUAAUUGAAUCUAUUGAAGGUAAACAAGGAAAGCCACGAUUGAAGCCCCCAUUCCCAGCAGAUGUUGGUGUGUUUGGAUGUCCUACAACAGUUACAAAUGUGGAGACUGUCGCUGUUUCACCUACAAUUUGUAGAAGAGGUGGUGCAUGGUUUGCUUCUUUUGGUAGAACCCGUAAUUCUGGCACAAAAUUAUUUAAUAUAUCUGGUCAUGUUAACCGUCCGUGUACAGUAGAAGAAGAAAUGAGUAUACCUUUAAAAGAACUUAUCGAAUUACAUGCUGGAGGUGUUACCGGAGGUUGGGACAAUCUUUUGGCUAUUAUUCCUGGCGGAUCAUCAACUCCUUUAAUACCAAAAAAGGUUUGUGAAGAUGUAUUGAUGGACUUUGAUGGUUUGGUUGCUGCUCAAACCAGUUUGGGAACAGCUGCGAUUAUAGUCAUGAAUAAACAAACCGAUAUAGUUAGGGCAAUUGCUAGGCUUAUUAUGUUUUACAAACAUGAGUCAUGUGGACAAUGCACACCAUGUAGAGAAGGUGUAAAUUGGAUGAACAAAAUGAUCUAUAGAUUCGUUGAUGGCAACGCCAAACCCGAAGAAAUCGAUAUGUUAUGGGAAAUUAGUAAACAAGUUGAAGGUCAUUCGAUUUGUGCUCUCGCAGAUGGUGCUGCUUGGCCAGUACAAGGUCUUAUAAGACAUUUUAGACCAGAAUUAGAAGAAAGAAUGAGGAAAUUCCACGAUAAGAAAAGAGCUGCAGUUAGUUCAUAAUUACAUAGGAUACAAAAACAAUUUUUUCCUGGAUUUUCAAAACUUGCAAAUAUCGAAGAAAUAUAUUUACAACAGAGCUUUGUAUAUAUGUCAAUUUUAUGUUAAGUAAAGUGGAGGUUCACAAGUUAUUAUUUGUACAUCAAUAAUUUUAAUAUGAAGGAACAUUGAAGACAUACGAUCCACUGGUAUAUUGAAAUAUAAAUGCAGUUUUAUCAA